AUGUUUCUCUGUACGAUGCUGCGUCUCUCGGGAGUUGAAGGGUUAAUCUGUGGUGUUUCUCUAGGGGGGAUCUUCGAGUCGAUAGAGAGCGGCCCGUCCGGACCCGAGGAGCUGGCCUUUAAAUUCGCUCUGAACACCAUCAACAGGAACCGAACGCUUCUGCCCAACACCACACUGACCUACGACAUCCAGAGAAUCAACGUGUUCGACAGCUUCGAGGCCUCCAGGAAGGCCUGCGAGCAGCUGUCCCUGGGCGUGGCCGCCAUCUUUGGCCCCUCCCACAGCUCGUCAGCCAAUGCGGUGCAGUCGAUCUCGAACGCUCUGGGCGUGCCUCACAUCCAGACGCGCUGGAAGCACCAGGUGUCUGAUAACAGAGACUCGUAUUACAUCAGUCUGUAUCCAGACUUCUGCUCGCUCAGCCGGGCCAUCCUCGACCUCGUGCACUUCUUCAGGUGGAGGACGGUGACGGUGGUGUAUGACGACAGCACCGGUCUCAUCCGUCUGCAGGAGCUCAUUAAAGCUCCGUCCAGAUACAACAUCCGUCUGAAGAUCCGGCAGCUCUCCGCCGACACCAAAGACGCCAAACCUCUGCUGAAGGAGAUGAAGAAAGCCAAGGAGUUCCACGUCAUCUUCGACUGCAGCCACGUGAUGGCGGCCUGGAUCCUCAAACAGUCUCAGGAUCCACACAGCUCGAGCGGCAGAGAACACGCGUGUCUUAUCCCUACACGUACAGACACGCGUUACACUGAGCUGGGUUUACAGAGACCUGAGCCGGGUCAGUCUCUUCACUGUAAUGUUCAGACGGACCUCAGCCCACGAAAACUUUCUUUCCCCCAACAUUUCAUUUACGACACCGACAUCAACACGUUUAAACCCAGCCGCUGUCAUUUAAGAGCAGAGUCGUCGCUGAAUUCACUAAUGGAGCAUCGGCCUGUGAACCGGACUCAGACCACCACCAAAAUCAAUAAUCAACACCAUCAUCAUCAAACUAUAGAGAAGCACAUUAUAAACCUGACUCUGUAA